CCGGGAGGCGCGGCGCGCGCUCCGGGGGGAGGCGCUGUGGUGCGGGCCGCCCCCUCGCGCCCCGGGCGCCGGCUGCGGCUCGGCCUCCUCCUCCUCCUCCUUCUCCUCCUCCUCCUCCUCCUUCUCCUCCGCCCUCCUUGGCUGGGAAAGUGGGAGGUGGCGGCGGCGGCGGCGGCUUGUGUGCGCGCGGGAGGGGGGCAGCAGAGAGGAGCCUCCGGGUGCUGCGGCCGCCGCGUCAGAGCCACCGCGAGCGGCUCGCGCGGUGGGAGCGGCGGGGCCACAUCUGCAUCGGCUGCCAGAGCUGCGGGGCCGGGAACAAAGAGGAGGAGCCGAGGCGCGAGGUAGGGCGCGGGGCCGUUCUUCGGGGACUUCUCGGCGAUUGCCGACCUUUGCCGCCCCUGAAGGCGGAGGUCGGGGCACCACCACUCUUCUCUUCCUCCCAACUCUGCCGCGAGCAAAGUCUGAAAUGGAUGUUACAUGAAUCACUUUAAAGGAUGCAGAUAAAUAUGAACAUUUCUGAAGCUUUUCCUCUGUAAACUAGACCAAGAUGGAUGAAUCUGCCUUGUUGGAUCUUCUGGAGUGUCCUGUGUGUCUGGAACGGCUUGACGCUUCUGCAAAGGUCUUGCCUUGCCAGCAUACAUUUUGCAAACGUUGUUUGUUGGGGAUUGUAGGAUCCCGAAAUGAACUCAGAUGUCCUGAAUGCAGGACUCUUGUUGGCUCUGGAGUAGAGGAGCUUCCAAGUAACAUCUUACUGGUCAGACUUCUGGAUGGCAUCAAGCAAAGGCCUUGGAAACCUGGCCCUGGUGGGGGCAGUGGGACAAAUGCACUAAGGGCUCAGAGUAGCACUGUGGCUAAUUGUAGUUCCAAAGAUCUACAGAGCUCCCAGGGUGGACAGCAGCCACGGGUGCAAGCUUGGAGCCCCCCAGUGAGGGGUAUACCUCAGUUACCGUGUGCCAAAGCAUUAUACAACUAUGAAGGAAAAGAGCCUGGAGACCUUAAAUUCAGCAAAGGUGACAUCAUCAUUUUGCGGCGACAAGUGGAUGAAAAUUGGUACCAUGGGGAAGUGAAUGGAAUCCAUGGCUUUUUCCCUACCAACUUUGUGCAGAUUAUCAAACCAUUACCUCAGCCCCCACCUCAGUGCAAAGCACUUUAUGACUUUGAAGUGAAAGACAAGGAAGCAGACAAAGAUUGCCUUCCCUUUGCAAAGGAUGAUGUUCUGACUGUAAUCCGAAGAGUGGAUGAAAACUGGGCUGAAGGCAUGCUGGCAGACAAAAUAGGAAUAUUUCCAAUUUCAUACGUUGAGUUUAACUCGGCUGCCAAGCAGUUGAUAGAAUGGGAUAAGCCUCCUAUGGCAGGAGUCGAGACUGGAGAAUGUAUGUCAGCAGCGGCCCAGACCAGCACUGCCCCAAAGCACUCUGACACCAAGAAGAACACCAAAAAGCGACACUCCUUCACCUCCCUAACCAUGGCUAGCAAAUCCUCACAGGCAUCCCAGAACCGCCACUCCAUGGAGAUCAGCCCUCCUGUCCUCAUCAGCUCCAGCAACCCCACGGCUGCUGCUCGCAUCAGUGAAUUGUCCGGCCUCUCCUGCAGUGCCCCUUCUCAGGUUCAUAUAAGUACCACCGGGUUGAUCGUGACCCCACCCCCAAGCAGCCCAGUGACAACUGGUCCCUCAUUCACAUUCCCACCAGAUGGCCCCUACUCAGCCGCCCUUGGAGCUAUGAACCCUCCUCUCCCUCCACCCCCGCUUCUGGCCUCUACACCACCCAGUGCUGCUGCCGCCGCCGCCGCUACCGCCACUGCAGCUGCCACUGCCGCUGCCACCAGUGCUGCAAUGGGACCCCGGCCUGCAGUGGGACCCGCUGACCAGAUGGCUCAUUUACGGCCUCAGACUCGGCCCAGUGUGUAUGUUGCCAUCUAUCCAUACACUCCCCGGAAAGAAGACGAACUGGAGUUGAGAAAAGGGGAGAUGUUUUUAGUGUUUGAGCGAUGUCAGGAUGGCUGGUUCAAAGGGACAUCAAUGCAUACCAGCAAAAUUGGGGUUUUCCCUGGCAAUUAUGUGGCCCCAGUCACAAGCAGGGCCGUGACAAAUGCUUCCCAGGCUAAAGUCCCAAUGUCUACUGCUGGUCAGGGAAGUCGAGGGGUGACUAUGGUUAGUCCUUCCACCGCAGGAGGGCCUUCACAUAAACUCCAGGGAAAUGGUAUUGCUGGGAAUCCCAGUGGUGUCCCCACAGCUGUGGUUUCGGCAGCUCACAUCCAGACAAGUCCUCAGGCGAAGGUCUUGUUGCACAUGAGCGGGCAAAUGACAGUCAAUCAAGCCCGCAAUGCUGUGAGGACAGUAGCAGCACACAACCAGGAACGCCCCACAGCAGCAGUGAUGCCCAUCCAGGUACAGAACACCACAGGCCUGGCCCCUGCAUCUGUGAGCAUGCCGCACCAUCACUUGGCCUCCUCGCAACCUCUGCCCUCUAUGGCAGGCCCCAUUUCCCACAUUGCUGCUGUCAACAUCAGUCGAGCCAGUGUCCCCCUGGCCUGUGCUACAGCCACCUCACUGGCUACCCCCAGCAUCGCCACCGCCUCUCUGGAGACUGAUCCCAGUGGCCGAACAGUGAACAUAGUUCCUGGACUUCCCACCUCUCCAGAGAGUACUUCCUCAGCUUGUGGGAACAAUUCAGCAAUCAAGCCAGACAAAGACAGUAAAAAAGAAAAAAAGGGUUUGUUGAAGUUACUCUCUGGUGCCUCCACUAAACGGAAACCCCGGAUAUCCCCACCCUCCUCCCCUACCUUGGAAGUGGAGGUGGGUGGAGGGGAAUUUCCUCUGCAAGGUGCGGUGGGUCCUGAGCUGCCUCUAGGGGGCGCCCACGGUAGGACCGGCUCUUGUUCUAUGGAUGGUGAUUGCUGUGCAGCGGUUGCUCAGGGAGCAGCCACACUGGCCCAAGAAGUGCUUCAUCGGAAAACCUGCUCCCUGGACUCUGCUGUUCCCAUUGCUCCACCUCCUCGGCAACCAUGUUCCUCCCUGGGUCCUGUCAUGAAUGAGUCCAGGCCAGUGGCUUGUGAAAGGCACAGGGUUGUGGUUUCCUAUCCUCCUCAGAGUGAGGCGGAACUUGAACUUAAAGAAGGAGAUAUUGUGUUUGUUCACAAAAAACGAGAGGAUGGCUGGUUUAAAGGCACCUUGCAACGCAAUGGGAAAACUGGCCUUUUCCCAGGAAGCUUUGUGGAAAACAUAUGAGGAAACCAACAUUAAGAAGGCUUAAACUUACACCACAUAACAAAAUAGCACAAAGCAAUUUAAUGGAAAAAGCACAUUUGUGGACUGCCAGAUGAUCCAGGAGAUGCACAAAGGAUUGGUGUGUGACCCCUGACUCUCCCUCCCUCCCUACCCCCACCCCCGCAUAACUCUACCAGUGAACAGUGUGAAGAAGGUGUGGGUUUUAUCACUCUGAAUUCUGAUAUGUAAAGUGUGCCUUGUACUGUUUCAUUUACUCUGAGGAGAACUUUUUUUUCCCCUUUUUAAAAAAGAUAUGUAAGUAGAAUGGACCAUUGUUUACAAGGCUUAACUAAUUUAUUUGCUUUUUUUAAACUUGAAUUUUUUCUAUAAUAGAUAAAUUCUUUGGAUUAUGAGUUUAAGAAAGUAUUAAUUUAUGAAAUGAUAGCUAAGGAGAAGCUGGAUUAUCUCCUAUUGAACAAGAGAUUCUUUUUGACAUAAAAUUAACUUCCCAUUUCCCUAUGUUCUCUUUCAUUUCUUUAAAACAAAAAUGCCAUUACUCUAAUUUGGUUUUCCACUUUGAGAAACCUAAACAUACAAUUACAUCAGUAUCAAUAAAGGCCUGGGUAGGGAGACAGAAACUUGAGAAAAGUUAGUGAUUCCCUGUCUUUCUGGUUUGGUCAGGAAUUACCCUUAAGACCUAGUCCUCAAUUUAAUUUUGUGGGUUUUUAACUUUCCUAGAAUAGAAUCAAUGAUGUGAAAAAGGCAGAAUAAAGCACAACCCCUGCACUAAAGAAUGUAGACAGAAAUACAUUUAGUUGUAUAACAGCAGCUCAAUCCAUUGACUAGAAACUAGAUAAUUGACCUGAUACUCGCUGUCGGCAAAUGGCAGUGAAAUAGAAUUACCCAUUUCACCCCAAGUGAUCUGCAUGCCCAGAACACAAUAAAAUGUCUGUGAGAUUGUGGUGGUAAGUGAUGCGCUCGUGCUAAAGUCAAGGCUAUAAGAAACACUGUGAGAAGUUUACAUUCAUCCAUUGUGACUUUUCCCCCCACUGUCUUGCAUGUGUUACUGGAUUCCCACAGUAAUGUAAACUGUGCAUGGUUUGUAUAUUGCAUUGCAGUUUCCUUUUGAGGUUAGUUUGCACUCAGAAUUGGCCAUUACUGGAGGUAUAAAAAUGAACAGUAUUCUUUUCUUUACUCCAAAGCCACUACUGACCGAGGUUUCUAAAUUCACUCACUCUCUGCCUGACUAAGCCAUCCACUGGCCAUUCCUUAAGUCUUAGUAGAAAUACUUCUCUGUGUCGACCCAGCUGAUGAGUGUGAAGUAUGAGCCAGAAGACUCCUUUAACUGUUCCCUUGAGUUUUAGGAAGUUUGGUGAGAGCAAAACCAAGGUGCCCACACCUUACAAUUGUGGCAGAAUCCAGCUGAGCCCGUCUUUUUAUAUCCAUCUUUGAUGUGUCAUCGGCCUCUUCUACCCAGUUCAUUCCAGUGCCACGCAGUUGUGGGUCUGAGUAGUCCUAAAAAACAAAAGGAAGGGAGGCAGCCUGGUAGUGAAUGAGAUUGGUUGCCACAGUUUUCUCACGAAAAACAAAAACAAAAAAUUCUUUUUUUCACCUUUAAGAACUACAGCUGGGAAAUAGAAACAUGAACUGAAAAAAUCUUCUUGCAGUAGCAAGAGGUUUCAUGGUCUUAAUAUUCAAAGAUAUAUUAUGUGGUUGAAAUGAAAUCAUUCCUAAAUUAAACAUUUUUUAUGAAACACUGUAUAUUAUCUUCCUGUGUGUUGAAUUUUUAAAAGAAUACUUUACUUGGAUAUUCGUGUAAUAUAUAAAGGUUUGGUGAAUUGAACUUUAGUUAGGAAAAAGCUGACAUCAGCUUUCGUCUGUGUAAGUUGACACCAAUGUGUCAUAAUAUUCUUUAUUUUGGGAAAUUAGUGUAUUUUAUAAAAAUUUUAAACGUAAAAAGACUACUACAGGUUAAGAUAAUUUUUUACCUGUCUUUUCUCCAUAUUUUAAGCUAUGUGAUUGAAGUACCUCUGUUAAUAGUUUCCUGGUAUGAAGUUGGUUAAAAUUUCAUCUGUUAAUAGAUCAUUUAGAUAAUAAUGUAUGGGUUUUUUAAUUGGUUUUUUUUUUUUUUUGAGACAGUAGCUGGAGAUUUUGUAACCUGGGCUUGUUACACAGUGAUAUGGUAUGAUAAAAUUGCAGUUUAUCAUUCCUUUUCAUGUUAGUAAUUUGAAAACUGGAGAAAAGGUACAAGAUUAAAAUUUGAUGUUCAAUCUU